AUCGGCGCCCCACCAAUCCGAUAAGGCUUAGUCGCUUGGCUGCCACUAUGGCAAUCCUUCAGAACGAGUGGGAGCAUGUCGCCGACUCCAACACGUCCCCGUACUUUGUCUACACGAAGCCUAUCUGCAAGUCCGAGCAAGAUGACCGAGAGUAUAGGAUCAUCAAGCUCGAGAAUGGCCUCGAGGCCAUGCUUGUGCACGACGCGAAGGCAGACAAGGCAGCUGCUAGUCUGGACGUUUCUGUCGGACACUUGCGCGACCCAGAUGACAUGCCUGGAUUGGCUCACUUUUGCGAACACUUGCUGUUUAUGGGUACUGAACUUUAUCCUCGGGAGAAUGAGUACUCUGAGUAUCUCGCAAAAAACAACGGUCACUCGAACGCAUACACUGCGACAUCCAACACCAAUUAUUUCUUCAAUGUCUCGACUGGGGCUCUGUCUGGUGCCCUCGCUCGUUUCGCAGCCUUCUUCCACUGCCCGCUCUUUGCUCCCUCGUGCACUUCACGAGAGCUAAAUGCGGUGAAUUCGGAGCACAACAAGAACCACCAGUCCGAUAUUUGGCGAAUGUUCCAACUGAAUAAGCACCUGACCAAGCCGGGACACUGCUGGAGCAAGUUCGGUAGCGGAAACAUCGACAGUCUAUCGAAGAACGCUCGGGAAUUGAAGAAGAAGGGCAUCCUGAAGUCAAAUCCAAACUCUGUCAGUGGAUCUCCGGCGAGCAGUUUGGCCACCACGCCUGCGGUUUCUCGGUCUGCGUCUCCUGCGCCAUCGACUACUUCCACUACCUCCACUUCUUCUCUUGAGCUUGAGGGAGACGGCGGGCCUAUCGGACGCGAAAUUCGGAGAAGGCUUGUGGAAUGGUGGAGUCAAGAAUACUCUGCCAACAGAAUGCGCUUGUGUGUUAUCGGCAAAGAACCUUUGGAUGAACUGUCCGUAAUGGUUGGUCAGCUAUUCUCGCCCAUUCGGAACCAGGAUGUCGAUGCGUUGCCGUUGAUUAACGACCAUCCGUUUGGAGCCAAUGAGACUGGCACUUUAGUCUCCGCUCAUACCAUCAUGGACAUUCACGCCGUGGAAAUUUCCUUCCCUUUGGCAUACCAAGCGCCUCUGUGGCGUCGGCAGCCAGCAAGCUUCAUUUCUCACUUCGUGGGGCACGAAGGUCUUGGCUCGUUGCACUCGUAUCUGAAGAGCAAGGGCUGGGCAACUGCUUUGAGUUGUGGUCCGCAGCCGCUUGCCAGAGGGUUUGCGAGUUUCCGCGUCACCGUUCAGUUGACGAAGGAGGGCUUUGAGCACUACAACGAAGUCAUUUUGUCAGUCUUCAGGUACCUGUCCAUGAUGCGCUCCUCCAAAUUCCCUGCCUGGUACCAGCAGGAAAUGAGCCAGCUCCGUGCGAUUCGCUUCCGCUUCCAGGAGAAACGUGCGCCAGAUGACUACGCGGUCUGGAUCUCCGACCACAUGGCCUGGCCGGUACCUCGCGAUCAGAUCUUAUCUGGUCCACAACUCGCCGAGGAGUGGGACCAGGAUGGCGAGCCCGAAAUCCGAGAGAUUCUCGAGGGUCUGAGGAUCGAGCGAGGCCGGGUAUUGCUCAUGGCAAGGAAAGAAGAGCAUGAGCGCGUCAGAGGCUCUGCUGAAUGGAACAGUGAACCGAUCUACGGUACGCCUUACUACGUGGAGCGCUUCGACAAAGAGUUCGUUUCAAAGGCUGAAAGUCCCAAUGACAUCAAAGAGUUUCAUCUUCCUGGGCCUAAUGAGUUCAUCCCGACGAACUUGAACGUCGAUAAGCGCCCUGUAGAUAAGCCUGCGGAGCGUCCCACCCUUGUGCGAUCUACACCGCUGUCAACAUUGUGGCACAAGAAGGAUGAUCGCUUCUGGGUGCCCCGCGCGCAAGCCAUUCUGGAUAUUCGAACUCCCGUUGCGUACGAGUCCGCCAGAUCUUCUGCUAUGACUCGCCUCUACACAGAAUUAGUGACCGACUCGCUCACUGAGUAUGCCUACAACGCCGACCUCGCGGGCCUCACCUACCAGUUUGAUUCACACAACUUGGGAGUCUACUGCACUCUCAGUGGUUAUAAUGACAAGCUCGACGUACUUGCAAAGGUUGUGUUCGAGAAAGCACGGAAUCUCGUGAUUACGCCGGACCGACUACACGUCGUCAGAUCUUCGGUUACUCGGGAUUGGCAAAACUUCUUCAUGGGCCAACCCUACCGGACAUCUGACUAUUGCGGUCGCUAUCUCAUGACUGAGAAGCAGUGGCUAGUGCACGAGAAGCUCGCUGAGUUGCCAUCGGUCACUGUUGAAGAGUUGCAGGCUCACAUCAAUCGAGUAUUGGCCAAUAUUCGCAUACACGCCCUCGUGGUUGGUAACAUGUACAAGGACGAGGCAAUACGACUCGUCGAGACCGCGGAACACUCGCUCAGGUCAUCGAGCAUCUCAACGCCGAUCGAUGAAAGAGGACUUAUUCCGCCAGAUGGCGUUAAUUCCGUCUGGACCACAUCGGUGCCGAACCCAAACGAACCAAACUCGGCUUUGACGUACUACGUUCACUUGGGCAGCCAAUUGGAGCCUCGCACACGCGUCACUGCCGCCCUGCUCACGCAGAUCCUUUCUGAGCCAGCAUUCAACAUCCUGCGGACUCGAGAGCAGCUCGGUUACAUUGUCUCAUGCGGACAGUGGAGCUCUGCGGGCCAGAGCGAAGUUGGCAUGCGAAUCAUUGUGCAGAGCGAACGUGCGCCAGCGUAUCUCGAGGAGCGUGUCGACGCAUUCUUGAACGAGAUGCUCACUACGCUGGAGGUUAUGAGCGAGGAGGAGUUCCUCGAGCACAAGCACGGUCUGGAGAAGAACUGGACUGAAGAUCCCAAGAAUCUUAGGGACGAGGCGCACCGGUAUUGGACUCCGAUCGACUACGGCUACCUCGACUUUUACAGGAGGCAAAUAAAUGUCGAGGAACUGCGUUCGAUCAAGAAAGACGACAUCCUUGCUCUCUUCAAGAGUCGCGUGCACCAUUCGUCGCCGACCCGGGCGAAGGUUGCCGUACAUCUUAAAGCGCAAAAGUCGCGGCCAAAGCGGAUGAGCGAAGCGGCUCUGGCAUCUUUCGCAGAAGGCUUGGAAGAUAAAAGCAUCGUUGUCGAUCAAGUCAAGUGGAGGGAGGAGCUAUUCGCUCAUGGAGAGCCGCUUCAAACCGAAGCGACCGCAUACUGGCAACGCACGCUGGCAGAAGAAGAAUCGCUUUCUCCGGAGUCCGCGAAGAACCUCCUUGGAAGCUUGGCGACCUAUGCUGAAGCCGCUCCGGCGGUAAGUGACUACGAGGGCAGCUUGAGGGAAGGCACGGAAGAGGUGGAAGAUCCGAAGGCCUAUCGUUCUCGUUCACGAUUGACGGAUCCUCCGAAGCCUGUCGUGGAGUGGGGAGAUCUUCCUCAUCCUAAGCUUUAGUGUCCCAGCAGUAGAAUUGCUGUAAU